CCAUAAUGCUGUUAUCAACGACUUGACUUUGAACUCGUCCCAUAAGUCUAUCUUUGGAUCGUGCUCUGAUGAUUACACGGUACAGAUCCAUGAUUUGAGAUCUCCGGCCGCAGAUAGUGUUGCCAUCAACUUGGAAACUAAACACAUUCAAAAUGCCAUGAAAUUUCAUCAGGAUAUCCCAACUUUAUUGGCUACUGGUGGAAGAGAUAAUGUGAUCAACUUGUACGACCUAAGAAACCCAACUACGCCGUUUCGUAAGUUAUUCGGCCAUGACGACAGUAUUGCUGGCUUGAAAUGGGAUUCUGUUUGUAAUCCUAAUAAGCUUACUUCCUGGUCUUUAGACAAGCGAGUAUUAAUCUGGGACUUGGACAGCUUGGAUGAAGAGUUCAUCUACCCAACCGACGUUCCUGAAAAUGGAAAGAAGAACAAGAACUCUAGAACCACAGAUCCUUGUCUCAAGUUCAUCAGCGGAGGGCACACCAACAGAAUAAACGAAGUCGACAUUCAUCCUACUUUAGAUGGGCUCCACAUUACCUGUGGUGAUGAUAGCUUGUUGGAGAUCUGGAAACCAAAGACCAUAAUACCCGAGGAAGAAGAGGAAGAGGAAGAGGAAGAUGAAAAGAAAAACGAUAUGGAGGUUGAUCAGGAGAAGUGAUUUUUUUAGUUUUUGUACCUUUGUAAUAUAUUCCGCUAAUAACC